AUGAAGUGUAUCGUUUCCGUUAAGUCAUGUCUCUCAUCUCUGUCUGUCCCUCUCUCUCGAGGUUAUCUCUGCUCGACUCGGUUCGUCUGCGGGUCUCUCCGUCCGGUCGUCUCUCUUUCUUCUAGCAACAGAAGGUUUCACGGGCCGGUCAGUCGCCUGCCUGCUUCUGUCUCUCUCAUGCUCCGGUCCCUUCUCAGUCCCCAAAGGCCCGCCACCCGUCCCACCACCAUCCACUCCACCCCCUACCCUACCGAAACCACAAUCACAGGAGCUCAUCUCUCGUCCUUCCGCUCCCGUAACGCCAUCGUUUGUGGACAAGGAAAGAGGUCUUUGUUGAAGAUCACCGCUGAUCUUGGGACUCGGGCUUGUGUUCCUUGUCACUGUACCGAUCGCAAUGAGUUUUCAUAG